ACAGUAAACGAGCAAAUGCAGAAAGUGGCCGAGGAGUCCUGUAAAUGUAAUGGCUGGAAAAACCCCAACCCUUCUCCCACUCCCCCGAGAGCGGACCUGCAGCAAAUCAUUGUCAGUCUCACGGAAUCCUGUCGGAGCUGCAGCCAUGCCCUGGCUGCUCAUGUUUCUCACCUGGAAAAUGUGUCCGAGGAAGAAAUGAACCGACUUCUGGGGAUCGUGCUGGAUGUGGAGUAUCUUUUUACCUGUGUCCACAAGGAAGAAGAUGCAGAUACCAAACAAGUUUAUUUCUACCUAUUCAAGCUCUUGAGAAAGUCUAUUUUACAAAGAGGAAAACCUGUGGUUGAAGGUUCUUUGGAGAAGAAACCCCCUUUUGAAAAGCCAAGUAUUGAGCAGGGCGUGAAUAACUUUGUACAGUACAAAUUCAGUCACCUGCCAUCGAAAGAAAGGCAAACCAUAGUCGAGUUGGCGGAAAUGUUCCUGAACCGUAUCAAUUAUUGGCACCUGGAGGCCCCAUCGCAACGAAGGCUGCGAUCUCCCAACGACGACAUUUCUGGUUACAAAGAGAACUACACAAGGUGGCUGUGUUACUGCAACGUGCCACAGUUCUGUGACAGUCUACCUCGGUACGAAACCACCCAGGUAUUUGGAAGAACACUGCUUCGCUCGGUCUUCACUGUGAUGAGGCGACAACUGCUGGAACAAGCAAGACAGGAGAAAGACAAACUGCCCCUGGAAAAACGGACUCUAAUCCUCACCCACUUUCCAAAGUUUCUGUCCAUGUUAGAAGAAGAAGUUUACAGUCAAAACUCUCCCAUCUGGGAUCAGGAUUUUCUGUCAGCCUCUUCCAGAACCAGCCAGCUAGGAAUCCAAACAGUUAUCAGCCCGCCUCCUGUGGCUGGGACGAUUUCAUACAAUUCAAACUCGUCUUCCUUGGAACAGCCAAAUGGAGGGAGUACAAGUCCUGUUUGCAAAGCCUCUUCUGGGCUUGAGGCAAGCCCAGGAGAAAAAAGGAAAAUGAAUGACUCCCAUGUUGUGGAGGAGGCCAAGAAACCCCGAGUUAUGGGGGAUAUUCCGAUGGAAUUAAUCAACGAGGUUAUGUCUACCAUCACAGACCCUGCAGCCAUGCUGGGACCAGAGACCAAUUUUCUGUCAGCACAUUCGGCCAGGGACGAGGCGGCCAGGCUGGAGGAGCGCAGGGGUGUCAUUGAGUUUCACGUGGUCGGCAAUUCUCUGAGCCAGAAACCCAACAAGCAGAUCCUGAUGUGGCUGGUCGGCCUCCAGAACGUAUUCUCCCACCAGCUGCCCCGGAUGCCCAAGGAGUACAUUACCCGGCUCGUUUUUGAUCCGAAACACAGAACCCUUGCUUUAAUUAAAGAUGGCCGUGUUAUUGGUGGUAUCUGUUUCCGCAUGUUCCCAUCCCAAGGAUUCACAGAGAUUGUUUUCUGUGCUGUUACCUCAAAUGAACAAGUCAAGGGCUAUGGGACGCACCUGAUGAAUCAUUUGAAAGAAUAUCACAUCAAACACGACAUCCGGAACUUCCUCACGUACGCGGAUGAAUAUGCAAUCGGGUACUUCAAGAAACAGGGUUUCUCCAAAGAAAUUAAAAUACCUAAAACCAAAUAUGUCGGCUACAUCAAGGACUAUGAAGGAGCCACUCUGAUGGGAUGUGAGCUGAAUCCACGGAUCCCGUACACGGAAUUUUCUGUCAUCAUUAAAAAGCAGAAGGAGAUCAUUAAGAAGCUGAUAGAAAGAAAACAAGCUCAGAUUCGAAAAGUCUACCCUGGGCUUUCCUGUUUUAAAGAUGGAGUUCGGCAGAUUCCUAUAGAAAGCAUUCCUGGAAUUCGAGAAACAGGCUGGAAAUCGAGUGGAAAAGAGAGAAGCAAAGAGCCCAAAGACCCUGACCAGCUUUACAGCACACUCAAGAGCAUCCUCCAGCAGGUGAAGAGCCAUCAAAGCGCUUGGCCCUUCAUGGAACCAGUGAAGAGAACAGAAGCUCCGGGAUAUUAUGAAGUUAUAAGGUUCCCCAUGGAUCUGAAAACCAUGA